GCUAAAUUGUCACUGAUGGGCAUGAUGACGUAUCCUCGCGGGUCCGUCCCACCUGGGGUAGUAUAGUCUGGGUAGGGAAGCCGAGCGGACGCCACUCCCAGAGCUGUCUCGCGUUCGUCCUAUAGUGCUUGACUGAGUUAGCGUAUGAGUAAUUGAGCAGACGGGCUUUAGUCAGAAUGGGAUCCGAAAACAAAGAUGUCGCAGACAAACGAGAUUUGGCAGUGGGCAAGGUUAAAGGACCAGGAGGCAAAGUGUUCAAGAGGAGUACGUCGAUGUAUCUCAACGUCGUAGCCCCACACAAGCCUAUCCGGCCCAGCAUCGUGGAAGAAGACGAUAUCAUGCCCGACGGUUCCAAGUUCACUCUGUACGGGGACGACGACUACGUUCCGUCCGAGCGUAUCCAGAGCCUCCUCAACAGCGUCACCGACAUCAAACAUCGCGCACACAAAGUCUUUUCCGAGAUGGACGUGCUCAAGAAGAGGGGAGAGGACUUUGAGUGGAGAGAAGUCGCCAGAUGGGUCAAGUACGAGGAGAAAAUGGAGGAGGGAGGAGAACGCUGGUCCAAGCCUCACGUGGCGUCCCUGUCCAUGCACCAUCUUGUUGAAACUAGGAGGCAGCUGAUGGACGGUGUCAUUCACCUCGAUACAGAGGCCUACUCCAUCUCCCAAGUCGUCGAGAAGUUCCUUGACGAGUGGAUAAAACUAGGUCAGCUUGACCCUCUUCUCCGCCAACACGUGCGCACACUACUGUUAAAGCACCAUCGCCACGGCGCGGAGAAGGGAGAGAAGAAGAAGGGAAAGGGCGAUAUGAACCGAACAGCGUCAACCAACAGUUUCAGCCAGCUGACCCACGUGAGCAGCCAGGUGAGUCUCAACCACAACCUCAGCCAUACCAGCCUGGAGUCCUUGGACAGCGACUUGGCGGGCAACUACACCAAGAAACAGAACGAGCGUAUCCUUCGGAAAAUCCCGAAGGGUGCCGAAGUUGCCAAUAUCAUGAUCGGUGCUGUGGAUGAGCUAUCGAGCGCCCUCUGUGGCUUCAUGCGACUCAACGACGGCCGUUGCCUUGGCGACAUCUCGGAAGUGAACCUGCCUACGAGAUUUGUGUUCCUUCUGGUAGGACCGCCCAAGUUCAUCGCCGACUACAUGGAAAGUGGCCGCUGCCUCGGCACCAUGAUGGUGGACGACAUCUUCCGAGAGGUGGCGUACAAGUGCAGGAACAAAGAUGACUUGGUGGCAGGAAUCGACGAGUUUCUGGAGCAGGUGACUGUGCUGCCCCCUGGCGAGUGGGACCCAAAGAUCAGAAUUGAGCCCCCAGACGCGGUUCCCAACCAACAGUUCCGUAAAACACCCUCCUCGGCGGACUUCUUUGAGGGCGACAUGGUCCCCGUCCCGGGCGGCGACGACGACGAGGAUGAAGGUCACGCUGACCCUGACCUCAACCUGAGUUGCAGGCCUUUCCUCGGGCUUAUCCGUGACAUCCGCAGGAAAGCCCCGUUCUACAUGAGUGACUUUAAGGACGCCAUCCACAUCCAAUGUAUCGCCUCUUUCAUCUACAUCUUCCUCGCCACCCUCACCCCAAACGUCACCUUCGGCGGAAUAUUAGGACAAUCCACCAACCAAUACAUGGGUGUCAUGGAGUGUAUCUUCGCUGCCGCUGUGACGGGAAUAGCAUUUGCGUUAUUCGCAGGUCAACCCCUAAACAUCCUUGGCAGUACUGGGCCGAUGUUGGUGCUUGAGAAGAUUAUAUAUGAUAUCUGCAAGGAUCAAGAAUGGGACUUCCUGCCGUUCCGUGCGUGGAUUGGUAUCUGGACCGCCGGAUUCCUUCUUCUGAUUGUCAUGUGGGAUCUGAGCGCUCUUGUCAAGUACAUCACUCGUUUCACCGAGGAAAGUUUCGCCUGUCUUAUAGCGUUCAUAUUCAUAUACGAGGCGUUCGUCAAACUAGGGGAGAUAGGGUCUGAAGAAGCCCCUGUCGAGCUCCACCCCUCCGGAAACUUCACCCCCCGUGUGUGUCACUGUACCCUCCCCGACACCAUCACCACCAUGGCUCCCAUACACGACUCCCUCAACCACACCCUCGGUAACAUGACCACUACAAUGGCCAGCGUCAUCAACAACACUAUGGAUAUGAGCACCAAUGGAAUGGAACACGAGAACAUGACCCAUCUAUCCAAGGAAGAGUGCAAGGAGAUGUUCGGAACGUGGCACUGUGUCGGCCCCGUCCCUGACGCCUUCAUGUUCUCCAUCAUCCUUUACUUCGGCACCUUCGGCAUCGCCAUCUUCUGUGUCACUUUCAAGACCUUCCCCUGCUUCCCGACCUUCGUGCGCCAGAUUAUCAGCGACUUCGGUGUUCUCAUCGCCAUUGUGUUGAUGGUUGUGGUCGAUUACCUGCUCGGACUUCCCACACCCAAACUGACCGUGCCAGAGGAGUUCAAGCCCACCCGCUCGGACCGAGGCUGGUUCAUCAACCCUGUCUCUGAGAAAAACCCUUGGUGGUUGGCUCUGGCUGCCGGUCUCCCCGCCAUCAUCGGCACCAUCCUCAUCUUCAUGGAUCAGCAGAUCACCGCCGUCAUUGUCAACAGGAAGGAAAACCUCCUCAAGAAGGGCAAGGGCUAUCAUCUCGACCUGUUCGUGCUGUGUAUCCUGGUCACUGCCCACUCUCUGCUGGGACUCCCCUGGUACGUCGCCGCCACUGUGUCCGCCAUUGCCCACAUCCAGAGUCUCAGGAAGGAGUCGGAAUCCACAGCCCCCGGAGACAAACCCGCCUUCCUGGGUGUUAGAGAACAAAGAGUCACCGCUCUUCUUGUAGGAAUCCUUAGUGGUCUGGCUGUGCUCAUCACAAACGUCCUGAAGGUCAUUCCUAUGCCUGUGCUGUAUGGUGUCUUCUUCUACAUGGGAUUCUCGGCCCUCAAGGGAAUGCAGUUUAUCGACCGGUUGCUCCUGUUCUUCAUGCCCAGCAAGUAUCAGCCCGAUUACCCCUACCUACGUCACGUCCGUCUCUGGCGCGUACACAUCUUCACCUUCGUCCAGGUCCUUUGCUUGGUGGCUCUGUGGGUCGUAAAGAGCAUCAAGAGCAUCUCCAUCGGCUUCCCCCUCCUGGUUGUGUUCACCGGUGUAGUCAGGAAGAUCUUAGACUGUGUGUUUAGCCAGUAUGAGCUGAAGUACCUGGACGACCUCCUCCCCAACUCAAAGAAAGACAAGGUCAAGGACUCCGAGAAGAAUGAAAAGUCGGAACCAGCUUUCAAAAACAUUAACGGAAACGGCCUUGACAAACACAACAUCGUUGGCUCGGACGAGAAGAAACAUGCCUUCUACAUCAGCAACGAAAGCCAAGACUACGACAACGCUUAUCAACGAAAAGGAGAGGGCAUCCGAAACAACGCCUUCGACACCAAACUGUGAUUCACUUCAACAACCAAAGCUAUAAAUACAGCAUUGUGACUACGCAUGCGCGACCUCCCUUUCCGGGUACCUGUUUACCGACUGGUGUUCAUUCGGUAGUUCGCGGUACUUUCCGACAUCUCAGUUCAUGCAACUCGCAAAAUCAGCUGAUCAGUUGAUAAUGGUAUUUGGAAAUUGCGGAAUGAAUAUGAUUUGGCAUAAUUUGGCAGAACUCUUGUGAUGUUUAUUUUUUUUUGGAAGACAAUCUCAUAACCCCUGUAUAUAAACACAUCUUCCAGCGCGUAAAACGCAAUAAAUUAAUCAACAAGAUACCAGUUUUUACACGCAACAACGAAUAUGCCAGCUGGUCAGUUUAUGUUAAUAUUAUGUUUCAAAUGUUUACUGCUAUGAUACACAAGUAUAUAUAGCACGCUGUUGUCUAUUUUUAUACAUCCCAGCUAGAUCUACUUUUGUACAUAAACACUCUUAUCUUGAGCUCUAGCGUACUUCAACUAGAGCCCUACCCUACUUAAGCUAGAGCAAAGGGCUGUGGUGACAAUCUGGUUAUCCAAUGCAAUGCAUAUGCAGUUCACAACUUUAACAAAAAAUAUUUUUAAAAAAAGUUGGGAUAAAGGAUAUUUUGUAUUGUUUGUAUUACAUCUUUGGCAAGAUCCAAAAAUAUUUUUGGAAAUGUAACAUACGUGGGUUAGCAAAGACGGAGCACCACCGCGGCUCCGAGUCUUUCAGUGUAAUUCUGGAGCAAGGCGGUGUGAAGGGAAUAGAUAUUCUUCAAUUGUAUGGGUGUGGAAAUAGCCUCGUGAGGUUGGAUCUGGACUUACAAUGACUUACAUUUCAGGUAUCUGCGGGUAUAUGAAAAUCAGUUGUAUAUUUUUUUAAGUUGAAACUUCUCUGAAUGAUUACACGAGAUUUUAUAAUUUAAAUUGUAAAUACUUGUUACUUGCAUUUAUUCAGAAAUAAAUGAAUUUUUUUGCAUA